CAGAUGCGGCGGCCCUCCGAGGCCUCUAGGACCCGGGGGCGCCCACCGGGACGCCAGGACGCCCUAAACUGACAACGGCGCCGGGCGCCCGAGCGCCGGUCAUGGAUCCGGGACAAGCCAGCAUCCGCGGGGCCGCCCAGCCGGCCCCGCCGCUGUUUGCGCGCGUCGCCCCUUCACUCUUCCUAGGGAGCACGCGCGCCGCGGCAGCGUCGGACCUGCUGGCGCGCGCGGGCGUCACCCUGUGCGUCAACGUCUCGCGCCAGCAGCCCGGCCCGCACGCGCCCGGCGUGGCCGAGCUGCGCGUGCCCGUGUUCGACGACCCGUCCGAGGACCUGCUGGCGCACCUGGAGCCCACCUGCGCCGCCAUGGAGGCCGCGGUGCGCGCCGGCGGCGCCUGCCUCGUCUACUGCAAGAACGGCCGCAGCCGCUCAGCCGCCGUCUGCACCGCCUACCUCAUGCGGCACCGCAGCCUCAGCCUGGCGCAGGCCUUCCAGGCGGUGAAGAGAGCCCGCCCCGUGGCCGAGCCCAACCCGGGCUUCUGGGCUCAGCUCCGGAAGUACGAGGAGGCCCUGCGGCCCCUGCCCCGGGAGCCCUCGGGAGGAGACGCGCUGCGGGGCGAGCCCUAAGGCCUCAGCCGCCGGCCCCCAGCCCCACAGCGGGGCGCGGCGCUUCCCGCGGGCGUUCCGUCCUUCCUCGCUGCCACGCGGGCGUCCCCAUUUUCCGCAUCUUCCUGAAAUGCAGCGGGACGGGGUCUUCGGAGACCGUCCCACCCCUGGUGGGCAGGCUUAUGGGACAGGAUUUGGUCGGGAAAAUCAAAACCGCUUGAGGAGUUUUAGGCAGAAAGGCAUCUAAUACCAAGGGGUCAAGGCCGGGGAGACAAGGUCAGGAGAGGCCGCAGGAGUCAAAAGACCCACCGACGCUGGCCGCCACUGUGAAGUGGGCAGCCUGGCGGACGCCUGCGGCCAAGCCCCAGCCUGCCACCAGCUGGAGCCGUGUGGCUUUGCGCAGCCUUCACAGCGGUCCGGUCUCAACCCAGCCGGGAUCCAGCGGAGAGUCCGCGGCUUCCAGACUUGCAGCUGCCGCCCAGGGUGCAGGGCCACGUGACAGGCCGCCCAGCAUGGGCGCGGCUGGGGCUCCCAGCGUCCAGCAUCCCACGGCCACCCUCACGCCAAUGAUGCCCCGGCCCGCAGUGCCUCUGAGCGUGUGGAUUCCUUCUCUGGUGUAGACGCAUCUCACCUGGAUCCCAUGGCCUAAAGACUACUAGAAAAUCAUCAUCGUCAGCAUCCCCUAAAUAAGGUAGUGGGGAAAGCAAAAGGGAAAAACUGGGCAACACAUGUAAAUUACAGAAACUACAGUCCCUUGUUUAUACGUACAAAUACAGACAAGGUGAUUAAUAAAAUGCUGUGGCUGGUGUUUA